AGAGGUUGUUGUCCUGGCACCACACCGCCAGGUCUCUGACCUCCUCCCUAUAGGCGGGCUCAUCGUCAUUGGUGAUCAUACUUACCACCGUCGCGUCAUCUGCAAACUUAAUGAUGGUGUUGGGGUUGUGGGUGAACAGGGAGUACAGGAGAGGACUAAGCAUGCACCCCUCGUGUUGAACAUGAACACAAUUUAAUACAACAUAAAGUAAUGACGAUUGAGUCUUUGAAUGAAGAGAAGGAGAUAAAACAUUUAUACAGGGUGGGUUACCAUUAAGACCAGGGGUCAUCUCAUUUACAAGGGAGCCCUGUUGAACAUGAGCACAAUUUAAUAUAACAGUGUAAGAUAAUAAUAUUAAUACAAUACACACAACAAGAUGAAUCAAAGCUAACACAACUGUCACAUAUCACCUCUACUUCAACUCAAUCUAAACUGUCCAAUGGAGACAAGCUAGUCCAGCUUCAAGGUGGCCUGAAGGCUAUUCCAUCAGCUGGGGGCAUAAAAAAUAUUUAUUGCACUGUUAAAGCAAGAAACACAAUCAUCUUAUUACAUUGUUUGCCAGAAUAAGCUAUGUAAUUAAUAUUUUUCAAGUCUGCGUUACCCACUCCAGUCAACAGAUGACGAUGUGAGUAUUUCAGGUCAUACUUCUUGCGUGACGUAUAAUCUAGUGGACGGGACGGGAUGUUUCUCCAACAACAGGCUACUGAUUCAACCGCCUCGGUAGCGUUCUCGCAAACAUAAAACAGAAGCUUUGAAGCUCUUUAGACCGAUCUUGGGUAUAGUUAUUAUUAGUUCAAACAUAAUUCAGUUUACACAUCAACUAGUUAAGUUGAACUUAAUUUGCUAGCAAAUUUGUUAAAUUGAUACUGAGUUUAGGCUAGUCGUUAAUGCUAGUUAGCUAACAUCACCGACCAUGAGCUCACUAAAUUACUCGCCCCCUGCCAAAGAAGAGGUCGUCAGCUGGACGGAGAAAGAAGCUCUGGGGCUGAACAUUGUCGUAAAAGAAGAAGAAGAGUAUAUUACAAUAAAAGCAGAGGAGGACGUUUUCAGAAUGAAAAGGGAGGAAGAUGAGGCUUUCACAUUGAAAGAAGAGGAUGAUAUAGUGAAAGAAGAGAGAGAACCUUUUGGAGUGAAAGAAGAAGAGGUAGAAGCUUUCAUAAUUAAAAAGGAGGAAGAGGAGGCUAUCACAUUGAAAGAAGAGAAUGAGCCUUUUGGAGUGGAAGAGGAGGUAGAAGCUUUCAGAAUUAAAAAGGAGGAAGAGGCUAUCACAUUGAAAGAAGAAGAGGAUAUUACAAUGAAAAAAGUGGAAGAACCUUUUGGGGAGGAAGAGGAGGCUAUUUCAAAAAAAGAAAAUGAUGAAGAUGUUUUGGGAGUGAAAGAGGAUGAGGAGGAAGGAAUGGAGGAGGAGACUGAAGAUCUGAUUAUUACCAAUAUCAUGGAGAACUGCAAAAGUGUUGCUACUGGUCUCAACAACAUUGCUGCCCUGAAUUUAGCAGGCGCUAUCGACAAAGAUCAGUGGGGAAAAGUUGUAACAGACUACUUUCUGGAGGAUGAUCGUGCCAUGUUGACUCUCUCGGACUCUGAAAAUGAAUCAGAUGAUGAGGAAAUCCCUGACUUAGGUAAAAACAUUUUCAUUGAACCAGACGUUGUAGAGUCUUCUGAUGACAGUGAUGGGAAACAAACGUCGAUCAACAGUGUGUUUUUGACAGAAGAAGUUGACGACAGAGUUUUGAAAUCAGUGCAAUGCCCAGGGGAAGCAGAUUAUAAGGAGAUGGAGAAAAUUCUGGCGUUUGAUUGCAAAUGCGGAGGGAGUCGAAAAGAGAACACAGAAGGCUUUUGUAUAAAACAACUGUCUACGGAUUACAUCUUCAAACUAAGGGCAACCAUGGCAACCGUGACAGAGAAGGAGAAAGAUCUGAUGAUUCUUAUGGCAUUGCACACGGUCAGUGUGAACCAGAGUGACUUGACACAACGGGCCAAGCAAGCUGUACAAACAAAACGGAAACGACACAGGACGUCUUACUUAGUUAAAGGGGUUCCAGUCUGCCGUAAUGCAUUCAUCCGUGUAUACGGCAUCAGUAGAACACGCCUGACUCUCCUCCACCAGUCAUACAAGGAGAAUGGUCUAAUGCCUCCCAUCAAAAAGAGAGCUGGCCCAAGCAAGCACAGGUUACACCUGAAGCAUGAGGACUUGCAGCGAGUUGUGAACUUCAUCAACAACUUCGCAGAGGAUAACGCAAUAGUAUUACCAGGACGCCACCAAGGACACAAACACUUUGGUGGAAAGUUGCUGCCAUCUCAUGUGACAAAAGCAGCGGUGUGGCAUCUCUACAAGGAAUCAAUGACAACACUUGAGCUACGUGCAGUCAGGCUGCCUUCCUUCAGGAAUCUAUGGAGAAAAUUGCUGUCCCACAUCUCCAGCACUAAGUCCAGGACAGACCUGUGCUGGCAGUGCCACAGGAACAACAACUAUCAGGUCUUCGAAUCUGCUAAUCUGCCAGAAGCUGUUAAGUCAGCCAAGCUGAAGAAGCAAGAGGAGCAUCUCCUGCUUGUUCAGAGUGAGCGGUCUGUCUACCAGAAGAUGGUUGCUGACUGCAAGACCACCUGUCAAGACCUGCAGUUGUCUCUGGGGGGCCCUACUGAACCAGCAAGUAAAGACAUUAGGAUGCAUUACAGCUUUGGUUUUGCUCAACAAGUGCACUAUCCUUCUGACCCUAUGCAGCCAGGUCCUAUCUACUUUUUAACUCCUCGCAAGUGUGGCUUGUUUGGUGUCUGCUGUGAAGGAAUCCCACAACAAGUCAACUACUUGAUCGAUGAAGGCAUGUCAUCCAGCAAAGGCAGCAGCACAGUCAUCAACUACAUGCACCAUUUCUUCACCAACUACGGAGUUGGGGAAACACGCGUGGACCUGAAUUGUGAUAACGGCAGUGGCCAAAACAAGAACAAGUUUGUGCUCUGGUAUUGUGCCUGGCGGACCAUGCACAACCUCCACCACAGUCUGGACCUUCACUUCCUGAUCACAGGCCACACCAAGUUUGCCCCCGACUGGUUCUUCAGCCUCAUCAAGCAGCGCUUCAGAAAGACCAGAGUGAACACUUUGUCUGAGAUUGCUGGUGUUGUGAAGGACAGCACUGUGACAGGGGUCAGCAUCCCACAGCUGGUUGGACUGGAGGACGGUACGGUGCUGAUGGAAAGCUAUGGCUGGCAACAACACCUGACUCCGUUCUUCAGGCCACUGCCACAGAUCAAGCAGUACCAGCACUUCAGCUUCGAUGCUCUGGAGCCUGGUGUUGUUGUCGCCAAGGAGCAUUCUGACUCAGUCGGGACCAGGUUUCAGCUGCUCCGCAACGCUGACAUCCUUCCUCCCAUAGACGGUCUGCCUGUACAAGCGCCACCUGGACUGGACACGGCUAGACAAACGUAUCUUUUUGAGAAGAUCAGGGAGUUCUGCGACGAAGAUGCCAUGGACAUCACAUGCCCUGCACCAAAGUCAAGGGCAGGACAGAAGCGUGGUGUGGACUGGGGGAAGAGUUCUCAGUAAUCCGGACAAUCUGCAGUACCUCUAUUCACAUAACUCUCUCCUAGCACACAGGCUAUACGUUGCUGCUACAAUUUUCUUUUUAUCCUGCUGCUCAGCCACUUUACCCCUGAUUGAAUACUUAUAACUACUACCUCCUCUAUCACCAGUAUCACUGAUAUCUGUUUUAGUUUUUUUGACACUUUCUGUUUUUGAUAUUGCUAUGCAAAUAUGGAAGUAACCAUUUCAAUGCACCGUGUACACCUUCUGUAUCCUAUGCAUGUGACAAACAUUGAUUUUUAUUUGAUAUAUAGUGUGUGUUUACCAGAGACAGUAAUGUAAAGAACAACAUGACCUGCACCAAAGUCAGAUUAGCCUCUUGACGGGCUCGUCCCGCAUCGAAAAAUCCUAUCGCCAUUAGCUUAACCUCUCUAGGCUAGGCGGGACGAAUUC